CCAUUUGAUUUUGGUUUCCAUAGUGUUAGAAUUUCGAUUUCUUGUUUUCAAAAUUACAAAAAAUAAAAAUACAUUAAUGAACAAAAAUGAUAUCUAUUAAAGUAAUAUUUAAAUGUGCAUCAAAAUUUGGUUGUUUUGCUAAACGUCUUCACCAUACACUACCCAGCUUACCUUAUGCUUAUGAUGCAUUGGAACCAGUAAUUUGUAGAGAGAUGUUGGAAUUGCAUCAUAAUGAAUACCACCGAAGCUAUGUCAAGAACUUGAAUGUAACCCUUCAGGGAAUGGAGAAUGCAAUUAGUACAGGUGAUCUGAACACGGCUCUUUGCUUACAACCCGUUUUAAAAUUGAACGGAGGAGGUCAUAUAAAUCAUUCCAUCCUGUGGUCGACAUUAUCACCCGAUGGAGGUUGCCCAAGUGAUGAACUGUGUAGAGAAAUAAUAGCAUCAUUCGGCACUCUUGACAACCUGAUGGACAGAAUGAUUCUGAUGACUUAUGCCGUUGAAUCGUCCGGUUGGGUAUGGCUAGGGUACAAUCCUUAUUCUUCAAGGCUACAGAUCACAACUUGCACUAAUGAAAAUCCCCUCCAGGCAACAACUGGUUUAAUACCUCUAUUUGGCAUUGAUUUAUGGGAACAUGCUUAUCAUCUUCAAUACAAACGGAAUAAAGUCGAUUAUGCGAGGUUUAUAUUUCAAGUGGUGAACUGGCUUGAAGUUAGUCGGCGUUACUGUGAAGCUUAUGAAAUUGGGCAAGCGUGGAAAAAAGCAUGCGAAUCAAAUAAUUAAAAUUUGUUUACUGUCUGAAUUAGAGCAAAAUAUCAGACUAUUGAUUUUGUAAAAUAAAAAUAAAUACCUAUCUAAUA